UAAGCUUGAAAUGUUGCAAACGCAGUCUCCAGAAUGUCAGCAGUGGUGACAACUUCUGCUUUCCCCCGUAGAUAUUCUGAAGGGGAGAGACUGCUUCAGUUUCCCUAACUGGAUAGGAAAAGCAGAAGUGACUGGGAGCUACUUACCAUAAAGCAUGUGAGAAAAAAUCCCACAGCACUGGUAAGAGAGCAGUAGAUUUGCCUGAUCGCAUUCAGAAGAGAAGACGUGGAAGAAACGGGAGAAUGUGAGUGUGAGGAGAUGGCCGGCAUCCUGCAAUGGUACUUCAGGACUGGAGUGUCCUUCUUCCUCCUGACAGGUGUUACCUGCUCUGUGAGUGGCCCCUCAGAACAGACCGGGUUUCUUGACAGGUCCCUGUCUGUGAAUUGCACAUAUGAUCGAUCCUAUCGCAACUCUGUGAAAUAUUGGUGCCGAGGAGCCAAAUGGAGCAGUUGUCGAACAGUUGUGAAGACCAGGGGCACAGAGGCCGAGGUGAAGGCCCAGAGGACUUCCAUCAAGGAUGACCACACACAUUUUCAGUUCACCGUGAGGAUGGAGAACCUCACAGAGCAAGAUGCUGAUGGAUACUGGUGUAUCAUAGAAAGAUCUGGGGUGGAUCUUGGAACCCCUGUAACUAUUACUGUUCUCCCAGAGCCGACUACAACAGCAGCUUCAACGACUGAUCAUUUGUCUACAACCUCAGUCAUCUCUACUGAGAGUCCAAAUCCAGACAACAUUCACAUACUCGUGUUACCAGCCGCUUUUCUGGUGCUGACGGUCAUUUUGGUAACAGCUUUGCUGAUAAUGUGCAAGAUCAAGAGGCAGAAGGCUGCAAAAGCACGUGCGGAUAUUAUGCUGUCCACAGCUCCUAGGCAGACAGAUGGCAAUACUUCCAGUGGAACAGAGCUCCAGAACCACAACGAGACAACAUCUCCCAGCUCUGACGAAGACACCAAAUGUGCAGAAGACGUGGAAUAUGCAUCUGUGAUAGCAAGAAGUUAUGCUUCUCCACCACAGCUUCCUGAAUACACAGAAGAUGUUGCUUAUAGUACCUUAAGGUUUCCUGACCUGAAUGAAGAUGCCACCUAUGCCAACACAAGGUAGACAUCCUGUCUGCCAUGGGACAUCCUCCUCCUCUCCUAAUGGACUACCUCAUCCCUUAAGUUGCCCUGUGGGGAGACCCCGGUCAUUCUGCCCAUGAUGAGCAGAAUGCCAUUGCCAAAACACCAUCUUGAGUGAAAUCAGCCUCUGCCUCCAAGCUGUGGGUCAGCCACCUGCUUUGAGCUUUCACAGGUGCCCAAGCAAUUCCUUUCAAAGCAGGGCCUCCUGCGAUGGUGACCUGUUUUGCAAUGGAUUGUGAAAUACUGUUGUAUUGCAAUUGGGCCAACAGGUUGCUUGCAUUCCUGUGAGCCAGCUUUCCCAACUGCCUCCAUUCCUAGCCACCUCGGAGGGCACCAGGUUGGGGAAAGCAGCUGUGACCCGAUUUCUUUUGUAAGGGAUACUUAUCUUAUUAGAACCAGUGACAUCUGAAUGCUGACUUGUAUGUAUGUCUGAGACUGUAGUCCUGGUCGUCUUAGAAUUACUGUUCAGGAAACUCUCUUGGGGUGGAUAUAAUUAAGCAAAGGGAUGCAAAUGGCUUCUGAUGGUGAGGAUAAAUCAAAAGCUGCAGCUUGAGAGAAGAGGAGGAGGAGGAAGUGUGGCGGAUGCAUUUUUGCUAAGACGGCUUUUCUGUUGCACAUUGGGCGGCUGGGAGACUGACCCACUCCACUGACGAGAGUGGAUGUUUCCUAGAAGUAUCGCUCAUGAGACAGGUUGAAAAAACUCUUGGUGUGGGUUUGAAUUUCCCAGUGUAUUUGGGAGCAGAAUUCUGUUCAGUUGCUCCUCAUUCAAAGAGGAUACUGGAUCUUGUGAAUGAUCCCAAAAGUCCUCAUUCAAGCUUGUGAAAUGUUAAAACUGAAAGCAGCAGAGCUUAGAGCAGGGGUCCCCAAACUUUUUCA